AUGAGGUCAAACACUUUAUUCACAUUGCUAUCACUGCUCGUAUCGGUGCAAGGUAGCGUUAUAGCUCCUCGUCAAGAUAGAAGCGGAAAUGGAAAUGGAACUGAAACUUCCAUCAGUCCUUCAGAUACAGAAACAGGUCAAACUACUUCUGCCCGAUCGACUGGUAUUUCCCAAUCAGCUACUACCACCUAUAUCAGCUCAGUAACAAGUUCUCGAUCUUCGGCUAUUCUAUCGUCUACCUCUACCGCAACAAAAGCAGAAAGUAAAAGCUCUCAAAGCCGUGCUCCUAUGACUACAGCUACAGCUGGUUCCGAUUCAGGUUCCGAUACUUCCUCGACAUCAGUGGAUGUCGGAUCAGGUACAACCGAUCUAGGAUGGAUACCUACUUCUGCGAUUCCUUCUCCGCCUCCUUUGGCAACUACCGAUAAGAAUGUUAUCAAUGCUACCAAGACUACUUCCACUGGUGGGACACCUACUCCGAUUGCGUUUGAUGAUUAUUCUGAUCAGACGUUAGAACAAUUCUGGGAUGAUUAUGUCGGUCCAGUCCAAGAACCACCUUUCCGCAUCACUCCACUCCCACCUCAACCAUACCCUUUACCCGAAGACCCUCCAACACUCUUCCCAGAUUAUCUAUUUACCUGCCCCGAAAAAGUCUUAACGCAAUAUCAAUUCCCUGAGGGUUUCUUAUUUGGUUGGGCUACCGCUGCUCAACAGUGGGAAGGAGCUGUGAAAGAUGGCGGGAAAGGACCGACUAUCUGGGAUUGGGCAUCAAGAUUCCCUGGCUUUAUUGCUGAUAACACUACGUCUGAUGUUGGUGAUCUCGGAUACUACCUUUACAAACAAGACAUCGCCCGACUUUCCGCACUAGGCGGGAACGUAUAUUCCUUCUCACUCUUCUGGACAAGGAUCUAUCCAUUUGGCUCAAAGGAUUCACCAAUCAACGAAGAGGGUGUACAAUUCUACCGGGAUCUGAUCAACUACUGCUGGGAUCAAGGUGUCGAACCUGUUGUUACGUUAUUCCACUGGGAUACACCUUUGGCUCUUCAGCUGAAGUAUGGUGGAUUUGCUAGUGAGGACAUAAUAGAUGAUUAUGUCAACUACGCUGAAACCGUCUUUCGACAAUACAAUGGUACGGUCCACAAAUGGAUCACAUUCAAUGAACCUGUAGUCUUUUGCAGUCAGGGACUAUAUCCAAUCAAUCAAACCUUCUCAGGCGGAUUGAACACUACUGUAUACCCUUAUACGUGCAGUUAUCACCUGACUCUGGCGCAUGCUAAGACUGUACAGAGAUUCAGAGAGCUCAAUAUUCAGGGACAAAUAGCCUUCAAGUCCGAUAACUUUUUUGGUGUACCUUGGAGAGAUGGUAAUCAAGAUGAUAUCCGAGCUGUUGAGAGACAUGGCGCAUAUCAAAUCGGUAUCUUUGCUGAACCAAUAUACAAUACCGGAGAUUGGCCUGAACUCAUCAAAGAUGAUCUCCCUCCUGAGAUCUUACCUCGAUUCACUGACGAGCAAAAAGCUUUAAUCAAAGGAACAGCAGAUUUCUUCGCUAUUGAUGGAUAUCGAGUAGGAUACGUGACGGCUCCUCCAGCAGGAUUCGAAGCCUGUAUUGCCAAUAUCUCUGAUCCCCUCUGGCCAGCAUGCAAUCAGGUCAAUUUCUACGUUCCAACACCUUACGAAUGGGGUCCCGCCGAUUUCGCAGAUCAAAGAGUAACAUGGUUACAAAAUACCUGGAAGUACUUACGAAGUUUCCUCAAGGGACUACUAGAGCAGUAUCCUACGAGUGGAGGGAUUUAUCUAACUGAAUUCGGAUUUGCUGAACCUGUAGAGGAUGAACAAUUAUACAAGUAUAGAGUUACGACAGAUACCAAACGAGAACUAUACUUUUUAAGUUAUCUUGGUGAAGUUCUCAAGGCUAUACAUGAAGAUGGAACGGAUGUGAGAGGUACAUUCGCAUGGAGUCUGGUUGACAAGUGA